AUGUUGCUGAGGAGCUCUUCCACGCCGAUCCUCGGGUCUCUUCUCGCAUCCUCUUCAUGUUCCUCGCCCUAUUUCUCUGAGAGCCCCGGCCAUGGCACCGGCUGCAAUCCCCUGGAGAGGACCCACUCUGAUACCAUUCAUGGCAAGCUCUCCUUCCCCCACGGCGGCGCCGCCCACAACCAUGGCCACAACCACAGCCACCCCCUCAACGCCUCGUCCUUCCACGGCUUCUCCCUCCAAUUAUCCAACCCGCCCACUGCCUCUCCGGCGGAGCCCCAUCCCGGAGCCCCGGUGGGCUUCCGCAGGGUGCAGUCCGAGGGUAAUCUGAAGGAGAUGGCGGUGGCCGAUCUUCACGACGAGCAUCGCCGCCCGAGCAACCUCCCUCAGCCGAACAAAUCCCACCGGCGGCCGCCACCCGUCCUCGAGACUAUCCCUUCCUUUUCCGUGUACAGCUCGAGGUUUGACGGGAGAUACGGAGAAGCAGUGGUGGAGGAGGAGGAAGAUGAACUCGACGAGGAGGAGAUGAGCGAGGAAUCUCCGACCACCCACCGGAACGUCGUGGGAGAAUUCUUCUCUUCCGGCGAGAAAGGGAAGGUGGUGAUGAAAACCGGCGGGGAACCCGGGGUCUCUCCUCUGUUUCUUGCCAGAGGGCUAGGGUUGGAGUUCGGAGACACAGCGUCGGGCCUCAUCCUCGGAAUUGGGGAUAGUGGAGGUGGAAUCGGAGGCGGCGGUGGCGCCGGUGGGCGUUCCCUCCUCGUCGACAGCAGCGGAAGCCAGUCCGAUAUGGAGGCGUAUUACAAAAAGAUGGUCGAGGAAGAUCCGGGCAAUUCCCUGCUUCUGAGGAACUACGCCCAGUUCUUGUACAAGGUAUGGAUUCCAUCCCCUCCUCCCCUUUCCCCUUCUCCGAUGAUUUCUCUCUACACAGAUCUUUUUUGAGCUCAUCUCUAUACGUCUUCAUCAUCUUCAUGCCCCGCCGAUACUCAUCCCUCCCCUGAUGGCCGACCUGACCCUCUGAUUCUGCCGUCCAGUCCAAGGGAGAUCUGCAGCGCGCAGAGGAAUACUACUCGCGUGCGAUGCUUGCAGAGCCUGGGGACGGGGAGGUCCUGUCUCAAUACGCAAAGCUGAUGUGGGAGCUCCACCACGACCGCGAGAGGGCGUCCGGAUACUUCGAACAGGCCGUUCAAGCAGCACCUCAGGACAGGUACGCCCUCCUCCCCAUUGCGUCAACUCCCUCUGCACUUGCAUAAUCCCCACGGUUGGUCGCUAAUCUGGUUUCCCCCUCUCCGGCAGCCAUGUUCUUGCCUCGUACGCCGGCUUCCUCUGGGAGGCGGAGGAAGACGAAGACGACGACGAUGGGGACGCCGCGAAAUCGGAGGCGUACUUCGCCGGGGCGCAGGUCCCCUUCGGCGCGCUGGCCUCCGCUGCCCAUCCUCGGCCGUUGUCCUGCUAA